UAUAUAGAACUCAGCCUCAGAGUAGCUGGAAGGCAAGCAGCCCCGCACGGACAACCAAGUCUACACAAGCAGCCAUGGAAGUCGCCGCCAGCAUCGCCGGAUUCGUUGCCCUCACGGAUCUCCUGGUCGUGAAGUACUCGAAACUCGUGGACACGUGGAAAGACGCACCGACAGCCAUCGUUCGGGUCCACGAUUCACUUGCCACGCUCAAGUCAGUCAUGGCACGUCUCGAAGAGCUCAACGCGCUGUCCGCGGACGAGCUGUUCCGCAGCGGCCUCAACCUCGACGCUUUCAGGAAGGACCUGAAGACGCUGCACGGAUUCGCAGUUGACCUGACGGGAACCGCGGGCGACCCAACGCGCUGGGUCAAGACGAAGUGGACGCUCGGAAAGGGCGGCGAGGUCGAUGCGUUGGGGAAAAGGCUGGAUUCGCAUAUCGGUGCUUUCAAUCUUGUGCUCUCACUUGCGGCCCAGAAAUCGGUGUCAUAUACAGCGUCUCCUUGUGGAUGUUGUCAACACCCAAUCGCUCCUCCAAGCUCCUAUACUCGAGAUGCUGUUCUCCCGCAGAGAUUAGAAGCUAGGUUAGCAAUGGAAUUCAAAUGCGUCCCACAUCCGCAGUCGCCUCUCAGCCCGAAGAUAAGUUCGAUGGCCGUCUCAACACCUUUCCGGGGUCGCAGACGUACAGGCUGGUUUAAAAGUUCCAUGGGGAGAGCCUGUUCCGAACGUUGCCACUGCUCUAGUUGUUGGGGCAUUCAGCAAGUCCAACACAUUAGCAUGAAGACUGUGACACCUUCCGGCCGGCUGUUGGGUAGCCAGUACCUUUUCCAGGCCAAUAUUGUAACGUGGAAGACAAUAUUCGAACAAUUUCAGUUACGGCUUUCGAUGCAAGCACGACAGCAAGCUUGGUCUCUUUCCUUCCCGUAGAUUACCCUCUCGAAGCAGAACAUACUGCCGCACGAUGCCCCGAUCUUCGAACUUGCCGCAGAGGGAGAUUUUGCUGGCAUCCUGGAUCUUUUUCGGAAAGGAUUGGCGUCAUCCAACGAUAGAAAUCGUCGUGGGGAAACACCGCUUGUAGUGGGCUUCCUGAGGUUGCAUCGGUCAAAGCGCAAAACUGAUCCUUUCGUCAGUAUGCGUUACGCGGCGGACACCACUCCACCAUUGUCAGCCUACUCGACGAAGGGGCUAAUGUGACGAGUGAUAUCGGAAUCCAUCUAUUAGAAUGUUAUUUUCAAUGUUAUGCCGCCACACUACCUCACACAAUCGAAUGGGCAGAAUUUCCCUUGCUUCUACUGCUGCGCGGUGCUGAUCCAUUACUGCAGGAAGACCCCGGAGAUAUUCUCAG